AUGUCUGACCACACAGUCCGUCUCAAGAGCACCCCAGUCAAACCGACGAAACCACCUCCCAUCAAUAGGAAGGAAAUGUCUGCGUUUCACCUCCCACCCAAUUCUCUCAUUCCCAACACCGACUUCUGUCGAACUUGGCUCAACGUGCACGACGUGAUUAAGGAACUCGUCCUCGAUAAGAAGCUACAAAAACUUGCCAAGGCCGUCCGUAAAAGCAAAGUCACUUGCUACGAGAACGUAGAAAUCCUGCUCAACUACGCGAGUGCUUUGAUUCGCAAUAGGCUUUGCGACACCUCGGAAAUCAUCGUGUUUGUGGACAACCAUUCAUUCCUCCCGACAAACCACCCAAACAAAAUCAAGGGUGGUGCUGCAGACGUUCUUGGCGUACUAGAGAGCGUCCUCAAGAAACUUCAGGAGGACGAGCGCAAUCGAAUCCCCUGGCAUCUCAUCUUGACGGCGGUCGAGGAGAAGACAGCUGUCGACGCGAAGGUUGGUCCGGCACAGUGCGGCGCCUAUCUUGGAUACGCCAAUCAGGCACGCCCCGACAUGGUGGGCAUGUACGGCCUCUCCGUGUCGCCUCGGGGCUUCCAGAUCCAGUACAGCUGCCCCGCCGGGCUCGCUACGUCCGAAGAGUUCAAGUGGACUGCGCACCUCGGCGGCAUUUUGGCGUAUGUCUGCACGCUGUAUCUUCCCCGCACCGACUUCGCGCCGAGAGAUACUACUGUCUCACUCGCUGCUGGACGUGACAUCCUUGGGCCUCCCCUCUGGGACAUCGACGUCGGCGACAAGGUUUAUCGCAAUUGCAAGGUCCAAUUUGUUGGGCAACCAUGGACAAGGAUGACAUGGGUGGCUGAAGCUGAAACCGACGACGAGGAAGGCCCUACUGUGAUCAAAGACUCGUAUUGCGACGUGCGGACGCGCUUCAAGGAAGGGGAUAUGUACAAGAUUCUUCACGCGGAAGGCGCUGCACCUGGAUUCGCCGCUAUCGAUCGCGAGUACGAAGUCAAGUACAAGGGUACCCCCAUCGCAACCUCCGUGAAGCAACUCACGAGGAUCAAGACGAGGAAUAUCGUCGAUUUCUUCAAGGGAAUGUACGACAUCCUGGAAGCCCAUCGUUGGAUGGUUGCCGAACGCAAGCUGCUUCAUCGUGACAUCAGUCAUGGCAACAUCGUCAUCGAAGCAAAGGAUGCUAAAGAAAUAAGGAAAUUCAAGGGUACGAAGCCACCGGUAUUCAUCAAUGAAGUUCUCCACGGUCGGAGGGGGAGGGAGGGGGAGACAGAAGACAGUGACGAGCCACUGCGAUAUCGUACUGGUACUCCGAAGUUCAUUGCUCGAUCUGUUGCCGCGGGAAAAAUUCUCGAUGAUUUCAGCGCCAGGCCCAUGCCUAAGCUACAACAAGAAAUCGCAGCGACUUACAAGGAAGUUCACCGCAACGACUCUUCCAAGCUACGGGAAUUAUCUGACGCCAACGGAACUACGCACGGCAGCCGCAUUUCAUUCGAUCGAGUAACACUUUACUCAGAAGAUUGUAGCCUUCAAGUUGCUGAUUUUGAACAUCAACCAUUCCAUGAUGCGGAGUCUGUAUAUUGGUGCAUCGCUGCCUUUGUCUUACUUGCAAAACCGCUGAAGAACGACGCCGAUGAGGGACAAAACGAAUUGACCAAGAUAUGGGCUUUUAUGGCGGAACACGAGGUCGGGUCCGUCGGGAACGCCGCCGACACGAGGUCCGCUCUGAUCUCUGGCAACAGCUGGGCUAAGUGGCUGCACAAAGAUCUUUCCUUUAUCAGCAAGUUGAUGACCGACCUUACCCAUCAAAUCCGACCUGAAUGGGCGCUGCUGGACCCCGCGCCUGAGCCGCUCCAUCUUCACGAAGCCUUGCAACGGUUAAUUCUACAAAACGUUCAUGAUUGGGAGAAGAAGCGAAUAAACGUCGAGCUUGACACAAUUUCUUCCCGAACUUUUACUCCUGUUGAACGAAAACCGAUGGCACCAGUGUCUGAACACCCUCUCAUCGGUCAAGUUAUCACCUCGAGCACACUUGGAAAGCGAGGCUCCAACUCGGUCGCUGGACGCGCGCAAUCAGGUUCAAAGCGAUUGCGCAAGACAGGGGACGAUGAACCUCUAGGCGCGGAGUUGGCUGAGCUGCAACAGGCCUGGAUCGACUCGCAGUCUGCGCCUGUAGCCACUGAGCCUUUGGGAUACGCGUCUGAGGACGAAGACGAAGACGACGAAGAAGAAGACGACGAUGACGACGAAUACGAAUACGAAGACGAAGAUACCUCAGAGUAA